AUGGCGGCAGGAAAAAGGAGGGAGCUUUUUACUAUUUUAGAAACAAGCGCUGACACAGAAAGGGACUCGGCUUCCGAUAGUGAGGAAUCGCCGCUUAAUCUUUCUGCCGACGUGAAGUGGUUUGAGAUUCCUUUCAGAAAACCCGACUCGGACGAGGAGGAAGAACUAGAGGAGGAUGAGGAAGAGGAUGAAUUCAAAAGCGUAGCGGCAGCAGAAACUGCGGACGCGGCCAGCUACAUCGCAGGAGGCGGCUGCAAUAUUAUUUUAGUCACUGACAAUGGGAUAAAGCACGAGGAGGAGACAGAGGAUUCGUAUUAUGCACCCGCUAACAACUGUUCUGAAACCAAUUCAAACGACUCGGACAUAGAUUUCUCCGAUUUAGAGGAGGAGCAGAACGAUUUAUUCAGCCCAUUUGAUGAUUUAGGUGAGGACUGCACUUCUCCAGACUUCUGGGGCGAACCUGACCAAAUCAUUUCAAUAGAGCCGUUCUCCGCUAUAUCUGGCCCCCAGCACGCACUGGGGGAUGAGGCUGACACCCGUGACUAUUUCCGGUUGCUCUUCCCUGACUCUCUUUUUGAACACAUGGUAGAACAAACAAACAACUACGCCCUCUACAGGCAAAGGAGGAGUGGGAAAGUAGACGCCCACUGGCAUCCUACGGACCUGAGGGAAAUGCGAGCUUACAUCGGACUGAACAUUCUCAUGGGCAUCAAUCAGCUUCCGGAUUACGGCAUGUAUUGGGCCACUGAUAUCUUCAUAGGCAACGCCGGCUUUAAAAAGACAAUGACAGCCAGGCGCUUCGAGAAGCUGAACCAAAACAUCCACCUGUGCGACCGGGAGUCAGAGCCCGUCCCCGGGGAGCCCGGAUACGACGGGCUGUACAAGAUACGCCCCCUGCUGGACGUGGUGGAGAGCACCAUGUGGGACGUGUACGUGCCCAACCGCUGCCUCACGGUGGACGAGGGGACCGUCGCGGUGAAGGGGCGCUUCUCCCCGACCCAGUACAUGCCCUCCAAGCCGCUGAAGAAGGGUCUGAAGGUGUGGAUGCUGUGCGACUCCAAAUCGGGCUACUGCCACCGGGCCAACAUCUACGUGGGGCGGUCGGGCGAGAACGACACGGGGGCCGUGGGCUACCGGGUGGUGACCAGCCUGGUGAAGGGGCUGGAGGGGAAGCACCACCACAUCUUCAUGGACAGCUUCUUCACCUCGGUGCCCCUGGUGCAGCGGCUGCUGCGGGACGGGCUCUACGCCUGCGGCACCACCCUCCCCACGCGCCGGGGCUUCCCGGAGAGCCUGCGCCUGCGCAACGUGGGCAAGCUGGCGCAGGGCGAGUUCUUCCAGUGCCAGCGGGGCAACAUCGUGGCCACCAUCACCCGCGACACCAAGGUGGUCAGCUGCCUGUCGUCCAACUCGGCGCCGGGCAUCGUGGGCAUCUGCCCCAGCCGGCAGCGGGACGGGGCGGUGCUGGGGGUGCCCCGCCCGCUCCCGCUGCUCCUCUACCAGGAGAACAUGCGCGGCGUGGACCUGAGCGACCAGCUGCGCGAGUGCUACCAGGUGGGGCGGCCGUGCAAGAAGUGGUGGCGCUACUUCCUGUGGUUCUACAUCAACCUGUGCAUCGUCGACGCCUACAUCGUGAUGCGGGAGAGCCGGGGCGGGGCCCCGCCGGCGGGAUUCAGCGGGAAGCAGUUCACCCAGCGCCACUUCCGCAUCCGCCUGGCGCAGCAGCUCAUCGGGGACUACCAGGGCGCCCGGGGCAUGGAGCGCGCCGCCCGCAAGCGCCACGCCGACUCGCCGGUGGAGUACGGCCACCGCCUGGAGCGCAUGUCCGAGCGGUCCAGAAGGUGCCGGAACUGCACCAACAAGGGCCUGAGACACGAGAGCGUUUUCGGCUGCAAGAUCUGCAACGUGCACCUCUGCAGGGGCGGCUGCUUCUCCGAAUUCCACAAAUAA